AUGCCGGAUCCGCUGUACUUCUGCGAACUACUCCCGAAUAUCAAACAGGUUUCCGUUAGUAUCGAGAGUAAAGAUGGCGAAACACCGACGUCCGUUGGGCUCCAUCCCUCAAAGCGUGCCUUGACUGUGAAGUACGGGGCUCGAACCUCUCAUAUUAUGCUACCGACACCAAUCGAUUCUCCAUCGAUUACACUCAUCCCAGCACAGACAUACAGACUCUCAGCAUCGCAAACCUAUCUUGGAUCGGAUGAAUACGAGUCCCUUUCCGGACCAGUACAAGACCCUUGGGAUGCAUCGUCUGUAUCUCCCGAAUGCUCACUCCGUUGUAUCGCAUGUACUACGACGAUUAUUCCAGGAGGCCGGAUCCAGAAAUGGAAGAACCUCCCUUCGGAACAUUGGGCUGAUAUGAUGGAUCUUUGGCACUGUCACAAACCCCACAAUAAGGAUGGUAACUCCGAAGGGAGCAGGUAUUCUGGUGUAGGGAGGAUAGUGGCGGAAAGCACGGUAGGACUUGUGGACCCAAUGUAUUUCCUUCUUCGAAAAGAAGAUUGCGAAAACAUUACUUUCAAGCAAACCGGAUCCAAUGAAGCAGAAACUACAAUUUGUCAGGUCUGUGACAUCCCACUAGGGAUCGUUGAUGAAAAAGCGGACGGCAUCAGACUCAUGAAGUGGUCGCUGUCGCUGGGACUCGGGUCGUUCAAGCAGAACGGCGACGAGAUGCUGGAUAGUUACACACUCUCUCAGUGGCUAUCUGCACAUUUGCAGUUUCUUGUCGAUAACUCUGGACAACGGAAGUUUCUUAUCAAACCUGGUGCGAGUAUACUGUCGCAACAGCAUUUGGACGGAUUCGGGAAACGAAUCGAGGAAGGGGGCGGGGGAUUACAUGUUUGGGUGUUUAAUCCGAAUACCUUGAUCACCAGAUCCGAGAAGCCGACACCGGCUCGAGCAGUUAAAGUUUAUUACCAAAGGGUUACAUCGAAGGAACAAGCAGAUGGGCUGGGCGAUAUCGAGGCUGUGUAUUUACCUCAGGCCAUAUACGACCGAUUCGAGAGAUUGUUGGAGGAAGGGAAUGCGAGCUUGCCGAAGGCGUUACAGACUUGGGCUGGGCUUUGGAAUGGAGGAUGGUUGGAGAAGUUUUAG